AUGGCCAGCCCAGACUCAACCAUACCCCAAAAACGACCUGUCGCACGGCAGGCCUGCAACCGAUGCCACGCAGCUAAGCUGCGAUGUAUCCAAUCCCCUAGAAACCAGCAAUGCGCUCGCUGCAUCAAGGCAGGGGCCGAAUGUGUACAUGAUCCCCCACAAAAGCUGGGCCGACCUCGAGUACACAACCUCCCACCUCCUGACACCAAUUCGCCGCCGCCAACCCAGAAACAAGACACGAAUUUCAACACUUCAUUGAUAGACGAUUCAUGUUGGUCAACGCAAGAUCUCAACUUGGUCCACACUACCGGCACCAGCCCUAGAAGCUCAGUGAAUGCUGACACGGAAGAUGCCACAACGGGGAGCAAGAAAGAUGUCAAUAGCAAAGGACAAAAUCCUCCUCACUUGGAGCUGGAAUUUUUGGCCGUCCCCCAGUCCCAUUCAACAGAGCUAGAGUUUGAUAUUGGUAAGAAUCUAUGCACCGAACCUUGA